CUCCCGGCCCUCCCUCACCGCCCCCGGCGCGGCAGGGACGCACGGCCAGGAGCUGGGGAGGGGCGGACGGACGGACGGACAGACGGACGGAGGGACGGAGGGAGGCAGCCGGCGGCGGCCAUGGGGCUGCCCGCGCUGCUCUGUGCCCUGGCCGUGCUCAGCUGCCCGCUCUCGCCGCCGCUCGCCGCGGCGCAGGCCGCCUCUAGAUCCAACAGCAGUAGUCCAAGGGCCAGAACUUUUCUGAUACCUGACCGUGGUGAGCCUAUACCUAUAGAAGACAUUGAAAGCAGUGCUGAAAAUGAGUCAGAAUUUCCAACAGGUUUCACCAACCAGACCAGAUCACCUCCACGUGAACAACGAACUGUGUCAGUGGAAACAGCAGGAUACCUCACUAGUCCAUGGCUGACCCGUUUUGUUCCUUCAGUUUACACCUUAGUGAUUGUGCUGAGCCUCCCUCUGAACGUUACAUCCAUAUUCGUGUUCCUGAAAAAAAUGAAAAUCGAAAAGCCUGCUGUAAUAUACAUGCUGAAUUUGGCCCUUGCAGAUGUGCUGUUUGUAAGUGUGCUUCCCUUUAAGAUUGCUUAUCAUUUCUCUGGAAACAACUGGUUAUUUGGACCUCAAAUGUGCCGCUUCGUCACUGCUGCUUUCUACUGCAACAUGUACUGUUCAAUAAUGCUUAUGACAAGCAUAAGCUUUGAUCGCUUCUUAGCAGUGGUGUACCCCAUGCAGGCCCUUGGCUGGCGUACAGUAACACGUGCCACAGUGAUUUGUUUCAUCAUAUGGCUUGUAGCAAUAACUGGGGUUAUUCCUUUUCUCAUCAGAGAGCAAACCAUGGAAAUAACCAACUUAAAUAUAACAACCUGUCAUGAUGUGCUACGGGAAUCCGAACUUCACAAGUACUACUUUAACUUUUUCUCCAUCUUCUCUACUGUAUUCUUUAUAGUGCCAUUUAUAAUAACUACCAUCUGUUACGUGUGUAUCAUUCGGUGUUUGAGUUCUUCUAAUAUUGUUGCAAAACAAAAUAAGAAGACACGUGCAUUGCUUUUGUGUGUGGCAGUUUUUUCUGUUUUCAUUAUUUGUUUUGGACCAACAAAUAUCCUCUUAUUAAUUCAUUAUAUCAGUUAUUCAUAUGACAACAGUUUAGAGUAUCUGUACUUUGCCUAUCUCCUGUGUGUUUGUAUCAGUAGUGUUAGCUGUUGCAUCGAUCCCCUUGUUUACUACUAUGCUUCUUCUCAGUAUCAGAGACAACUUUUCAGCCUCAUCAGUUCUAAAGGGACUAAAGAUGCUAACAGUAGUAACAGCAGUGGCCAGUCAAUGUCUACCAAUAGCAGAAGGGGUACCUGCUCUACUAACGUAAAUAACAGUGUCUACAGCAAAUUACUAGCAAUACAGUGAAAUAAUGUCUUACAUAUGUUUAAUUUUUAUACAGUUUCAGACAAAAAAAAAGACUGCACUAUAUCCAAGUUUUUGCUUAUACCAAGUUGUACAAUACAUGGAUCUAUGGUUUUCCUUACAAUAAUGCACAAUCCAAAUUAUAACAUAGUACAUGUGUAUGUAUAUGUAUAUAUAUAGUAUAUGUAAAUAGAUUAAUGUAGAGGGAAAAAAUAAUUUCUUUAUAAUAGCUGUUGAGUGUUUUGAAAAUAAACAUCCUUUCUUUUUCAGACAAACGCUUUAUGUAGUUCAAUUUAUUGUGGGGGGUUUAUGAAAUCCCAUUUUAGGAUUUUAAACUAUCAGAUAGAUUAAAUUCCUACUCAUGGAAUUAGUCAUCUAACCAUAAUUUUAUGAAUAAAGUGAAAAUAGCUUUUCAGGCAGAUUUUUUCCUAUUUGUAUUUAUCUCUAAAAUAAUCCACAAAUGUAAUUUUUUAGCAUUAUUUUGCAACAUAGGCCCAUGUACUCAAAACAGUAUAUAUACUAUAGAUAUUCAAAAUAGUCUAUAUGGUGUCAGGAAUUUGAACAAAUGAAAAACAGCUAUUGUUGAAAUUUGUCAGAGAAAAUCAUUCCCAGCAGCUAUAACUGACUUUUCUUUCAAUAUUCAUACCAUUAGUAUAUGCAAAGUGUCUUGGUUAGAAUGGCAGUAUCUUCAGAACUAAAUUCCACAGUAUAUCAAUGUUGAAUGGCACUACAGAAAAUAUAUUGAAAAAGCAUUAUUCAUCAUCUUGCUAUGCAGUUUGUAAAUAUGUGCUUUCUUGCACAUGAUUAGUCAUCAUGCACAUGAUUAGGACUUGGAAGUAUCAUUUAUGUCCACCAAGUCUGGAUGUUUUUUUUUACAUUUUUGAUUAUGUCCUCUUUAACUAAAAUUGCUUUCAUACGGAGGUAAAUAGCUAACUUCAUUCUCUGUUGCAUUCUUUUCCUAAAAAGACAGUGAAGUUAAAUAACAGGAAAUUGGUUUUAGAAAUAAAUUUGUAGGUAAAAGGACCUUACAUGAAGAUGGAACCCAAUUGAAGUUGGAGUUUGGUUAAUAUACGGUUUGCCAUGGGAAUCUGCCAAGACCAACAGCAAGGCAUAAAUGCCAUCUUUUUUUUCAUCACAAGUGAUAAACCUAAUCUUUCUGAAGAUUCUGUGAAAGUGAGAAACCUCCUUGUUAUCAUGAUCUCUUGUCAUUUUUUAUCCAUUCCUUAACAGACUUAAACAUAAUUAAAUGCUGAAUUACCAGACGCUGUAAUUCUUUGUUCUCAACUAUUUGCUACUUUCUGAAUAAGUAUAGGAGGAACUAAAAAUAUAUGUUUGUAUAAUUUGUAAGGCUAAAAAAACCACAAAUGUUUAUAUGACACACUCAGAUACAUUCACAUUUUGUUUAACAUUGUAUUAGCAGGUUUUUUUGUUUUGUUUACUUCUGUUUUCAGCAGAAAAAGUAAGUUCAUCUUAAAACUAUGGUUAAACAGCUUCCUGCUUCCAGAAAAAUUAUGCCUGUGCUUCCUGUAGCUAAAAGCUCAGGGACUGCUUUUUCAGAUCUAUCAGGUAACUGGGAGUUGUUUCAAUGUAAUGAAAUUUUGUUUCAUGAUAGUGGUUUAUUUUCAGAUAGCUUAAAGAGACUGUGUAGUCAGCCUUGGAAGGGACAGUAUUACAAACUAGGAGGGAAGGUACUUAAUGUAUUAGAUUUUUGUAUUAUAAACUUAAGUAAAACAUGUAAAUAUUUGCCUGUUCUGUUCAUUUCUUGUUAUGUAUUCCUAUCUUAACCAAAUAAAUUAGUCUCUAUUUAUUCAAAGUA